AAGGACAAAGCCUCUCUUAGACUUUCUCUCUCUCGCCGCCAUUUUGUGUUGACGCAUCGCAAGCCUCGCCAUUUUCUCCUACACGAUGUCCCGUGAUAGAUUCAGGAGCCGUGGAGGCGGCGGAGGAGCAGGAAUGAGCAUUUACCGUCGCGGUAGCAAUGGAGGCCGUGGGAUGGGGAUGCAUAAUUUCCGCGGGCACGGAGGGUACAUGGAGCAAAACCGCGGGCCCCCUCCGCAACAAAGGCAGCAGCACCAACAACAACCGCAGCAGCAGAAACCCCAGCAGCCGCCGCCACAGAAGGUCCCUCCUCAGCAGCAAACUCCGGCCCCGGACACCCCGAAGCCGACCCAGCAGGCCGCAGCCAAGCCCCAGACUCCGGCACCGACCCCUGCCGCCUCCCCGCAGGCAAAACCGGCACCGUCUCCGCAGCAGAAGCCAGCGAGCACCCCUCAGCAGCCACCGGCCAACAGCAAACCCCCCACCCCCGCCGCGCAGCAGCAGAAACCCGCCGGACAGCAGCAACCACCACAACAACCGAAACCCGCCGGCCAACAGCAGCCGCAAAAACCGGCCCAGCAGCCCCCGCCGGCCGCCCAGCAACAGAAACCGCCCGCGCCGGCCGCCCAGCAACAGAAACCGCCCCCGCAACAGCCUAAAGUGACCUCCCCGCCGGGCAAACCGCUGCAGAGCCAGCAACCACCACCACAACAGCAACAACAGCAGAGGCAGAGGUCGGGGCCCAAUCAGGCCGGUCAGAAGAGGCCGUAUUCCGGCCAGUCACGGUUCUCCCAGGAGCCCCCGGUACACGAGGAGCCCAUGAACACCGAGAAGACCACCGAGGAGAGCAUUCGGGCAUCCCUGUCUCUCCUAAGGAGACCUGGAGAGAAGACUUACACCCAGCGCUGCCGACUGUUUGUUGGUAACCUACCUGCAGACAUUACGGAGGAGGAAUUCAAGAAUUUGUUUGCCAAAUAUGGGGAACCAGGAGAAGUGUUCAUAAACAAAAGCAAAGGUUUUGGCUUUAUCAAACUGGAAUCAAGGGCACUUUCUGAAAUUGCAAAAGCAGAACUUGAUGAUUACCCCAUGAGGGGCAGACAGUUGCGUGUCAGAUUUGCAACACACUCUGCUGCUCUCUCUGUACGCAACUUAUCACAAUUUGUGUCAAAUGAACUCUUAGAAGAAGCCUUUAGUCAAUUUGGUCCAGUUGAAAGGGCUAUUGUUAUUGUGGAUGACCGAGGAAGAUCAACAGGCAAAGGAAUAGUUGAAUUUGCUGCAAAGCCAGCUGCCAGAAAAGCAUUUGAAAGAUGUAAUGAAGGUGUCUUCCUUCUAACAACAACUCCAAUGCCGGUUAUUGUAGAACCUCUUGAACAGUUUGAUGCUGAAGAUGGGCUUUCUGAGAAGCUUGCUCAAAAGAAUCACAUGUAUCAAAAAGAGAGGGAGAUCCCGCCUAGAUUUGCUCAGCAUGGUUCUUUUGAGUUUGAAUAUUCAAAGCGUUGGAAGUCACUUGAUGAGAUGGAGAAGCAGCAAAGGCAACAAGUAGAGAAAAACAUGAAAGAAGCAAGAGAGAAACUUGAAAGUGAGAUGGAAGAUGCUUACCAUGAGCACCAAGCAAACUUGCUGCGUCAAGAUCUAAUGAGGCGUCAGGAAGAGCUGAGACGUAUGGAAGAGAUUCAUAACCAAGAAAUGCAAAAACGCAAAGAAAUGCAGCUGAGAGUUAAUGCAUGUUACUCUGUAAGCAGACAGGACGAGGAUCGUCGCAGACGUGAAGAAGAAUUGUUGCUCCGCCAGCGAGACAUGGAAGAACAAAUGAUGCGCCAGAGAGAUGAUAGUUAUCGUAUGAGUUACAUGGACCCCAGGGAACGAGAUAUGCGCAUGGGAGCGAAUGCAAUGUCCAUGGCAGAUCCAUAUAGUUCUUCAAGCCAAAAGUAUCCCCAGUUAGCUGCGGCUAGCAUGGGCUAUGAGGGCAGCCCUGGGGUGGCUCAAGCUGCUAUUGGUGCAUCCAUGAUUGCAUCAGACAUGCGCAAUGAGCGCUUUGUCCAGGGAAAUGCAGGGACACCUAAUACCCAAGCUUCCAGAGGGAUUGGAUCAGUGCCCGCUGCUGCUGCUGCAGUUGCUGCUGCAGCUGGAUAUGGGAGGGCUAGGGAGGACUAUGAAGGUCCAAACAAAAAGCCCAGAUUUUAGACUAAAAGUACCUUGAGUAUAAACUGCAAAUAUUCCCUUUAUGUAACUUUUUUUUACUUUUGUUUUAGUAGUUUUUUUUUUUAAUAUGGAUGCUCAGUUGUUUGUCUCUAAACUUGUCAAUCUGGUUAGUGUAGUAUUGCAGGUUUGUUAAUGUCUCACAAACCUAAUAAAACCUGCUCCUUAUUUUAUGGCAGUGAAAGUUAAACUUUUUUUGUUUUGUUUUUUUAUAUAUAUUUUGGGACUGGGAGGGGAAACUAGAUGCUGUAGUUACUGAAUAGUGUACUGGGAGGGGAUGACGACUUAAUCUGCAGAUAACUGUGGUUGCCAUUUGUUUGGCAAGAUCCCAUUAUGAUUUGCCUCACUGUACUGAUGUCAGUUGCAAGCUCUCAGUUGGGCAGCUACACCCAUAUAUAUUUAUAAACUUGUAUGUGCAGCCAAAGUAAAGCGUUAGAUGUUUGCUGAUAUUGUGAAGAUGGUGGCCUAACAAAGUUUGUUUUACUCCAGUGUAAAAUUCCCGCCAAAUGUGGUUCUACUUUUGGAAAUAUUGACCUAGUACUGAGUUGUCAGGGCCAAGAUCCACGUUGAAAUACAUUGUGUGCAACCUGGCACUCAUAAUUGAGCUUUUUUUUUUUUUUUUUUUUUUGCGUAUAAUGGAAGCUCCAUGAACUGUCUUUGUAAUGGGUUGUAUUGCUUAUCUUAUAAAUAAAAUAACAAAACUUAA